AAGACCCAUUUCAUCUCUCUCUCUCUCUUCCAUAGAAAACCCAAAAUAAAAAAACCCAAUUCAGAUCUCUGCCUCAAGAAAAACCCUACAGAGAAAAAUCCAAAUUCAAAACACCCAACUCAAUGCAAUCUCCAACACAAUUCCCCCUUCUCUUCUUCUCCUUUUUCAUGUUUUUCUCCCUUUCCCUCUCCGACCCCCGAAUCACCGAAGCAGGCCUCUUCUGCGGGACUGUCAACGCGGCCCGCUCGAACUUCAUCAGCGAAUUCGUCGCCGUCAUGGAGUCCCUCUCCGAACAAGUCAACCGCGCCGGCUGGGGUACCCAUGUCAAUGGCUCCGUCUACGGCCUCGCUCAAUGCCUCUCCGACCUCUCCCACACCGACUGCCUCUUCUGCUUCGCCCAGGCUCGCACCAAGCUCCCUCAUUGCCUCCCUGCCAUCGCCGCCCGCAUCUUCCUCGACGGCUGCUUCCUUCGCUAUGACAAUUACAGUUUCUUCACCGAACCGCUUGAUCCCCAGCAUGAUACCGCGGUAUGUGGGCAGCAGGCUGUUGAAGGUGAGCCUGAUAGGUCGCAAUUGGCGAAGAAUGUCCGCACUAUUGUGAAGAAUGUGACUGAGAUCGCCGUCAAGGAUGGUGGGUUUGGAGUGGGAGAGAUCGGAAAUGUUUAUGGAUUGGCGCAGUGUUGGAAGACAAUUGAAAAUGUGGGGUGUAGGAAAUGCUUGGAGAAUGCGAGCCGUGAAGUGGUGGAGUGUUUGCCGGAGAAUGAAGGGAAGAGAUUGAGUGCUGGGUGUUAUUUGAGGUAUUCUACUGAGAAGUUCUAUGAUGAUGUUGAGAAGGACAUUGGAAAUCUGGAUGGAGAAGCAACAGAGGAUGUUCGUGUUUUUUCAGGAAGGCCUCGUAUAGGGAUCAUAGCAGCAAUAUCUUCUUCAGUUGCCAUUGUAGCUUUGCUCUCUAUCUUGGGAGUUUUUAUUGGCUAUGGAGGAUUAUCAAAGAGGAGAAAAGCACGAAAGCGCCUCGGCCAGCUUUCUGUUGUUGUUGGCCGGUCUAAUUUGCAUUUCAAAUAUGAAUUGCUCGAAAAAGCAACAAACUUUUUUGAUCCCUUGAGGAAACUGGGACAAGGGGGAGCUGGUUCUGUGUACAAGGGGAUUCUCCCUGAUGGGAGGAUUGUAGCUGUCAAGAGAUUGUUCUUUAAUACCAGGCAAUGGGUGGAUGAAUUCUUCAAUGAAGUGAACUUGAUCAGUGGAGUUCACCACGAGAACCUGGUACAGCUUUUGGGUUGUAGCAUAGAAGGCCCCGAAAGCCUUCUUGUUUACGAGUAUGUGCCGAAUAAGAGCCUUGAUCAUUUCCUCUUCAAGAAAAAGAAGACCCAAUCUCUGAGCUGGCAGCAGCGGUUUGAUGUUAUUGUCGGCACAGCCAAGGGACUGGCAUAUCUUCAUGAUGGGACCGGAACAAGAAUAAUUCAUAGAGACAUAAAGACCAGCAACAUUCUACUCGACGAGAACCUGAGAGCAAAGAUAGCUGACUUCGGACUUGCUCGAUGUUUUUCAGCUGAUCAGACUCAUCUUAGCACUGGAAUCGCAGGAACAUUGGGGUACAUGGCUCCUGAGUACCUUGUCCGAGGGCAACUAACAGAGAAAGCUGAUGUUUAUAGUUUUGGGGUUUUAGUUCUUGAGAUAGUAUGUGGUAGGAAGAACAGCGUUUAUGUGGAGGAAUCAAGUUCCAUUCUACAAAUGGUUUGGAAGCAUUACCAGUCGAACACAUUGCCGGAAUCUGUUGAUGAAUAUCUGAAAGAUCACUUCCCAGCUAAAGAGGCAUCAAACGUUCUCCAAAUCGGGCUUCUAUGCACUCAGGCUUCGGUUUCUUUGAGGCCAUCCAUGUCUGAAGUGGUUAAGAUGCUAACAGAAACAGACUACCCAAUUCCUUUGCCAAUGCAACCUCCAUUUUUGAAUGCUAGCUCGGCAGACACAAAUGCCACCUCCAUUUCUGCUAGCUUCCCCAGUUCAGAGUCCCAAGCUACGUCAAAUGUGCUUUUGACGCCUGCAUCUGAGCCAAGGUAGAGACAGCACAAGAUAUCAGUAGCUAGUGAGUUGAUGUGAAAAUGCCCUCAGCACUCAAGUUCAUUGAUGGGUCAUAUUCGCCCAGUUUUAAGAGAUGGGUCCGGAAGAAUCUGGAGAUGGUAGCAGCAUUUAUUGUCAGCUAUCCUCGUUUAAUUUUGUGGUUGUGGUGGUGCUGCAGAUUUGGAUAAAGAUGGUGGGUGGUCCGGAUGGUGAUUCUUUCAACGAUCUACAGCAGACCCAGGUGAUGGAUUUCGACGGUCGUGAUUAUGACAGUUUCUAUGUGAGAUCUUUUAAUCCGUGCACUCAACAUGAUUACAGAUGCAUGUUUGUAUGUGUGUGUGUGUACAUUAUUGGCCAGGAGAAAAUAAUCGCAAUUUAGCAACCGUACAUUUGGACACUUAAUUUGUGGGGUCCAUUUCUUUAAAAUUGCCUAACACCACAUGGCAGCAGUGGAUGCUGACAUGAUAAUAGGAGGUUGGUGUAAUUAAUGGAUAGGUGAUUGCUAACAA